AUGAGUAGCAAUGAAAGUGAAAUGAUGGACGAUGUAGAGUUUUAUUCCUUUAUUUAAGUUAACGAAGAUUUAUCUAAUUCCUAAGAGUAGAGCAGCUAGGUGAUCUAUGAUAAUCAUCAAUAAAUUUUAUAAGACUAAAAGGAAAUAAAUCUAUCAACUUAAAAUGUAGGAGAGGAAUAAUUUUUCAAAAAGCUUUCAUAAGCUUUUUACUCUACAUAAAAAGAUUUUUCAAAAACAUAAAAAAAAAAUAGUAUCAUUGAGGAUGAAUCUCAAAAUUUGCAAUCUAAAUUAAAUUGUUUGGAAAACUAGAAUACUUAGCCCUAGACUCCUAAAAGCAGAUAACCUACUAAAAGUGAGGAUCAGCUUGAAACAAAGAGUCAUCAUCUGCUUAAAAAUUACUAAAUCAAAAAAAUUCAAAAGCAUCCUUAACAUAUCGACUUAACUACUUAUGAGAGUAGCUCAAUCAAAAAACAACAGGCACCUAAUCUAACAAGCACUGAUUAUAACUUACAGCAAAAUUCAGAAUUUAAUUUUUAAGAUGGAAUUUCAAUUACAUCAGAUAACUAAAAAGGCAAAAAACUAAUUUUUAUUUAGAAAAAUGCCUAAAAUAAUAUAGGAAAUACAGAAAAUAACUAAGAGAAUUAAUAUUUUAAUUAAUAACAAAAUAAUAAGUUCAUUUAAACAUAAUUUAACUAACCAAAUUAAAGAUACUCAACAAAUUAAGAAAUUAUCUAAAGCAAACCAAUCAAUCAUAGAUUGAUAAUAUAAAAUAAAAAUCCUGAAAAUGGUUUAGAAAAAUAAAGAUUAAAUUAAUUAAAUUUGAAUAUUUAACGUGAGAAAAAAGCAGAUGAAAUUGAGACAAUAAUUCUCAAUGAAAGCUAAGAAAUGCGAAAUAAUUUGCAAAAAAAAUAAAUAAAUUUAGUUUAUAAAAAUAAAUAAGACUUAUUAAAUGAACUUUAAAAUAAUUAAUUUGAGUAAAAUGACUUAAAAAAUCACUAUUAAUGGUAGCCCUUGUCAUCAAGACCUGCUCUAAAUACAAAUAAUACCACAAAUAUUUAAAAUAGUGUAAAAACGAACUAAAUAGAGAAUAAUUUCUUUGAAAUAUCUGAUAAUCAAUAAAAACAACACUUUAUUAAUUAAAAAAGAUAAAUAUAAGUGAAUAAUAAUCAUAAUAAUUUUAAUAAAAAUGAAGUAAAUUAGAGUAGCUAUAACUAUAACCCACAUUUUUUCAAAAGAAAUUCUGUCUAAGAAAAGGUAGAUGAAGUCAAAAGUAACUUCAUCAAUACUCCAAAAUAGGUUUUAAAUGAUAGAAAUAAAGAUGAAAAAGCCAACAAAUUAAAUACUAUGAUGGUGCUUAAUUAAAAUUAAAUCAUUUAGAAUGACAAUGACCUUAGGCAAAGGAUAAAGGAUGCUCUUAACAAUAAAUUUACACCAUAGUAGAAAAAAAGCAUACUUUUAAGCUCAUAAAAAAAAGGUCUUACAACUCCACGUUAAUUGUUAAAUUAAAAUACUAAUGGAUUCUAAACAUUAUAAUCAAAAUAGAAUUUGAUGAGUAAUUUAUAAUUUAACAAUAAUAAUAACAAUAUCGAUAAUAUUUUGGCAGUUCAACACUAAACACCUUUAAGUAAUAGAGAGUUAGUUAUUAAUAAUUAAUCUUAGAUAGAAAAUAAUAGUUUAAAGAAAAUAAUUUUACAAAGGCCUUAAAAAUAAAUCAAUAACACAUAAAAUAAGUUGAGAUUAAAUCAAAAUAAUUAACAUAUUUAAGUUGAAUCAAAUAUCUAAAUAGGUAGUAAUAUUACCUAAUCAUAACCAUAAUCAAGCUAAAAUUAUGUCAAUCAAAACAGUAUUAACCUAACUAAUAGCUUAAAGUUUUAAAUAGGUAACUCUAUUAAGAAUUAGAUAAAUUAAGAUACAGAAAAUAUAAAUAACAAAUCCAAAAACAAUUUUUUUAGCUAGGUUAUUAAAUCUAAAACUAUCUAAAAUUUGAACAAAUAUUAAACUCAAAAUGAGCUUACAAAAUUACCUUUAAGCAAUAGUUAAAAAUUGAUUGAAUACCCAUAACAAUCUUAAGGAAAUUAAAAUUUUAAUAACUUAAGUUUAAAAAAUAUAGCAUCUUAAAAAGCAAUAAAUUUAAUAACUCAAAGUGGAAGUAAGAAAAAAACAUUACUAAUCAAUCAAAAUUAAAAAGUAGAAAGUAUUUAUACAGCAAAUUUCGAACAGGAAUACUAAAAUAGUUAAAGAGCUGAUUGA